AUGAGAGUCCUCCGGCGGCGCGUUGCCGCCAUGUCACCUAGAGAGAAACAUUUAGCGCUUCUUUCUCUCCUGGGCGUCGUGACUCUCGCUCUCUAUUACAGCCCCACGUUGCUCUACGCCACUUUUAUAAUUGUUGCAGCGUGUUGCAUUGUGUGCUACUACAACAGAGGAGAGCCGCUCUCAGCCAGACUAGGCCUCAAUCCGCGGGCUCGCCUGAGUGUUCCAUCCGCUCUCCGGCGCUGGUUGUGGGACUGGUGGGUGACUGACGUGUCGGUGAGCUCGCGGGGGAGAGCCAAGAGUUGCAGCAACAAAGCCGGGCUCCGGGACUCAGUGCAUGGUCAAUUCACGCAACAAAGACGUGCGGAUAGUGGGAUUUACAGGAGGGAAGCUUUGGCUACUGACUCGUUUCUUUUCAGCCCUCGGGAUUUCCUCAUGGGGAGCUACAUCGGGAAAGCUGAGAGCCCCGCUGCCGACUUUGGGAGGCCGAGAGCGGGGAGGAAUCCUCGGGAGCAGCUGCGGGAGAAGCUGGCCAGACCCAACCAUGCUGUCUACACACCCAACAGGAGGCUCUCAUUUGCUGGAGAGCCGGCGGGAGCUGCAGGGAGAUUCACCAUCACCCCUCAGCGUCAUUACCCUCUGCAGCAGCCGGGCGUCUCCUCGGUGGGAGUCCUUCCUCCCGUCAAAUGGGACGGCUUCAGGAAGAAAAGCAUCCUCAGUCCGAGAAACUCUCCGGCUGCUCUCAGUCCUGUCACCGUGAAGAUCGCCAGGCCGGACCACAACAGCCCCAGUUGGGACCAUCCGAGUUGCGCAGGCGUCCUCAAACCCCCCGCUGACCCCUGCUCCAGAGAAAGUGUCCUCAAGGUGUUGAAGGAAAGCCGCAAGAGAGACGUGGAGGACGACGACAGAAACUUAACGACUGAACAGAAAAGCAAAAGAAGGCGUAACGACAGCGGUGGAAGUGCUCACUCUGCUUUUGAGCCUCUUUUGCCCAACGGCACACCAUCACAGCUGGUUCCCAAGCCAGGAAACCUGAAGAGAGGGAUGACGUCUGUGACGGAGGAGUCGAUCAUGAAGAGGUCUCGUACUUCCUCCAUCAGCUCUGGAAGCGGAGUUCACGCUCCGAGAGGAACUCCAGGCAGCCGGAGGAAUCCCAUCAACAGCUCCUACAGCUCCACUGUCGGCCUCAGCCAGUGGAAGAAACCGUCAGCGCCGAGCUCUCCUCUGUCGAGCCCGAUGUCUUCUCGCUCUCAGACACCAGAAGGAAUCGCUAAAAGACCCAGAGAGGAUGACGGACUGUCUCCCAGCUCAGCGUCAUCAGUGAAGUCAGACCAGAUCGCCUCCGACAAGGAACCUGUAACUUCUAAACUGACUCCAGUCCCCAAGAUCCCAGUCACUACCUCAAAAGAAUCUACUGGUAGUGGUGGGAAGAGGAAACGGAAGAUCCAGCUGCUCCCGAGCCAUCCGGACAACCACAUCUCUCUGCCUCCACCUCCAGAGCUUGGCUACACCAUCACUGCAAAAGAUCUUGAUGAAGAGAAAAGAGCCGCCAUCAGCAAGAUCCAGAAGGUCCUGGAGACACCUGCUCCAGAGCCAGAGAAGUCCGUCUCUCUCACAACCUCCACUUCUACCCAGCCCGAGUUAUCAACCACAUCUGCCCCCAAAACCACCUUCACCAGCACCACCACCCUGAGUAGCCUUCUGGCAGCUCCUCUGCCCACAGCCUCCAGCGCUGCCAUCCCAGUCAUCAACCUGGAUCCAAGCCCGGUCAGCAGCAGUGUCAGCACAGCUCCUGCAGCCUCCAACCCGCUGCUGGAGGCUCUGAAAAUGAAGAGCAGCACCGCCGCGAGCUCCACACCUGCUGCCAGCACCACGACAGUGUCUGCAGUAACCACACCGGUGCAGCCGAGCAGUUUAAGCCUGCAGACAACGGCGACAGUGAACCCCUUAGGGCUCCCUCCUCCCUACCAGCCCCAGUCCCAGUCCUCCUCUACUGGUGGGGAGCAGCCCUCUGCCUUUACUCAGGUGCUGGCCCAGGUCACCAAACCUCCCAGCAGCACCCCGUCUGCAGCAGGCCUGUUCGGUCUGAUGAGCCAGACCAGCACCCCGACUGCUUUCACAGCGUCUAACCCCGUCACUGCGUCUGCUGCCGCUCCAAUCAGCAGCUCACACACACCCAUCAGCACCAGUAACCCCAGUACCACCAACCCUCUGCUGGCUUCAGGGUUUAAGCCCAUCUUCUCCGUCACCACCUCCACCUCCUCCUCCUCAGCCGCGCCGCCCUCAGAUAGCAAACCCGCUGUCCAAAAUUUCAAGCCCAUCUUUGCGAGCACCACAGCGGGUGGAGGCUUCGGGCAGCCUCUCACAACCACCAACCCGUCAUCUACAGUUUCCUCCAGUAGUACGCCCUCAAUGUUUGGCUUAACAAGCAGCGCCACAGUUGCACCGUCAGCUUUCCCCGGCUUGGCCAACACCAUGACCGGAACAUCCUCCACCAGCUCCAUCACCACCACCACGCAGCCCGAAGCUGUUAAAACCCUUUUCGGAAACUGGCCAGCGCCGUCGACAACGAGUACGAGCUCUGCGCCGGCCACAGGGGGCACAUUUCAAUUUGGAGCUGCCGCCGCCACCACUGCACCUGGAGCCGCCCCCCCCACCGCCGCUGCUACCACCACCUCCAGCAACUCCAAUUUUAAGUUCGGUGCAGCACAGCCGGACCCUCAAGCAGCCAACCAGAAAGCAUUCGCGUUUGGCCAGACGGCAGCCAGCCAGAACACGACCACUGCUUCAUUUGGAGGCUUCGGCAUGGCCACCGCAGCCCCAACCACCGCCGCCCCCUCCACCCAGUCAACCUUCGCCCCAUCCACACAAUCCACCUUCGCCCCCUCCACACAAUCCACCUUCGCCCCCUCCACACAAUCCACCUUCGCCCCCACCACCCAAUCAACCUUCGCCCCCACCACCCAGUCCACCUUCGGCUUUGGAAAGCCGUCAUUUGAAGCGCCGGCAACACAGUCCACCUUCAGCUCCGCAGCAGCUCAGUCGAAACCGUUCUCCUUUGGAGGCAGUGCAGCGACAGCCACACCUGCCUCUAACCCCGCCCCGGCCCCCGGCCCUUUCAAUUUCGGAGCACCUGCUGCCACCACAGCAUCCAGUUUCGGAGCACCUGCUGCCACCACAGCAUCCAGUUUCGGAGCACCUGCUGCCACCACGGCAUCCAGUUUCGGAGCACCUGCGGCCACCACGGCAUCCAGUUUUGGAGCACCUGCUGCCACCACGGCUUCCAGCUUUGGGACCCCCGCUAAACCAUCAUUUGGAGCCACCUCCACUGGUUUUAGCUUCGGCGGCACCACUGCUCCGUCGGCCGUUCCCACAGCUGCUCCUGCCGCUCCUCCGAGCUUCGGUGCAGCGGCUCAGACUCAGAGCGCCGCUUCAGCCACUUUCACGUUUGGCGGCGCCGCUCCUCCUCAGCAGGCUCCUCCCCCCGGACCUGCUCAGCCAGCACCCGGCGGAUUUAACUUUGGUGCUGCUGGUAUGCCGCGUCCCCAGUUUGGAACACCGGUCGCAAAUAAUCCUGCACCACAAAUGGGAGGAUUCAACUUUGGGGCUGCUGCUACUGACAAACCAGCUUUUGGGACGUCCACCCCAUCCUUCGGCCAGAGUACCCCUGGUCCGAUUCCCUUUGGAAGUCCUGGAACACCAGUCCAAGGCUUCAACGCUGUUCCUUCUUUCGGGUCUCCUGCGACUCCUUCUUUCUCCAUCGGUGCCGGAUCGAAGCCAUCUGGAGCGCGGCAGAGGCUGCAGGCGCGAAGGCAACACAACAGGAAGAAGUAACCUGCUACUCGCGUCCCACCAGCCUUUCAGAGGACGUCAGCGUUUGCUGCUGUGGCUAAUCUGGGUAACAUUGCUCUGUUCUAAGCCCGACAUCCCCAAAAAACCAGGCUGCCUGCCAUGCCCUCUGCUUCCUUCCCUCCU